AGGAAAACUACGAUUAAAAAAAAAGAAGGGAAAACUAUUGUGUUUUUCUUACUUCGCUCUGCCAACCAUCUACUUCCACCUGACUUGUCUACACUCUCAUUAAAAAAAAACUCUCUCACUUCUUUCUUCACUCUCUCGGUCUCUUCGUGUUCUCCGCCUCUCUCUGUUUCACGCUCUCCCUCUCUUCAGGAUUCAUGGCUUCCAUUGCUGCUGCCUCUACUUCUCUUCAGACUCGUCCUCGCCAAAUGGCAAUUGCAGUUAGCCAUCCAGCUAAAUGUUUUAGCAUUGGAAGAAGCAAUCUUUCUUUUACGCGUCGCCCGCUUCCUACUCGUUUGAGUGUUUCUUGCGCUGCAAAACCUGAGACAGUGGAGAAGGUGUGUGAAGUUGUCAAAAGCCAACUCUCACUUAAAGAUGGCGAGACAGUUACGGCUGGGACCAAAUUUGUCGAUCUUGGUGCUGAUUCUCUUGACACGGUGGAGAUUGUGAUGGGCCUUGAGGAAGCGUUUGGGAUUGAAAUGCAGGAGGAGAAAGCACAGGCUAUCACAACGGUUGAGCAAGCAGCUGAGCUCAUUGAGGAGCUCUUGUUGGAAAAGGCUUGAGUAGAAGUCAUUAUUACAUAAUUAAAAAAUUGGAUAAAGAUACCCAAAUCGGUAAUCUUGUUAUUGUCUGCUUAGCUAGAGACUAAAUUUCGUCUGUUAAGAUUUUUAUGUUAUUUUGGGCAAAUUAUUAUUACAAGGCUUUGUAUUUGACUUCUUUUUCUUUAAAACUUUAUUGUUCAUUACCUUUUUUCGUCA